CAGGACUCAGCCGAAACAUUACGAUCGGAAUUUCGAACAUUCUUAUCGGAAACCGCUUGAAACCGGAACCAGUCGCAGUUUGUUUUGAACAAAAAUUGUGUUAUUUAUUUUAACAAUCAUGUUUUUUUUCCAGGAACGGAGCCAUGAAAGUCACAUACACCUUGGACAAUGAUAAAAAGAGGAAUACUGAAUUCUAGUUUGCGAGAUCACAUGGAAGGUUUAGUUUUGGAUGACGUCAGAAGCGGUAUAUUUACCAUCUAGUCAGUCUGUCGCGAUGACGUCACAUACAGUACACAUACCUCUUGCCGUAACGUCAGAGGCGGCACAUUUACCAUCUGGUCAAUCUCCGGCGAUGACGUCAGAGGAGAUGCACCAUAUGCCGUGCACCCAGUCUGUUGUGAUGAACGUCGUGUCCAAUAAUAAAGAAGAAAGUUUCAUAGUGAAAAUCGCAGAUGGGUUGAUCACAUCCACUAACAGAAUCACGCCAGAGGACGGAAUGGGCGACUCCACCAAAAGCGACGACGGUGAACCGGAAGUAAUCGUCGAUGCAGGAGACAACCUUAUGUCGCUGGUCACCGAGGCAUGCCGGGAUACACAGUCCGCCAACAGUGCAUCCACUUCAACAGAUAGGGAAGAGGCUGGUCCCCCCAGCAACUGUUACUGGAAUCGUGACUGCUCGCUGCAGCUGAUCGACCUUCACACGCGACACCGCGCUCUUUUCUCCGACCAGCACUACAAGAAGAAAACCGUCUGGGAGAUGGUGGCCCGCACGAUGCGAGAACGAGGCUGCCAGUACACGUGGCACCAGGUGGAGAGCAAGUGGAAGUCGAUGACGAAGAAAUUCCGCGACACCGUCGACCACAACGAGCGCAACGGCCACGUCAGCAUCCACACGUGUUCCUACUUCAGCGAGCUCGCCGCUGCAUACAGAUACAAACCCGACGUUGUCAAGAUGACUCUAGAGGCGGAGUUUCCAAACAGCGGGGCCAAAGCAGUCGCAGGAGGAAACUACUCGACUGCUACAAAGCGCCCGGCCGAUGAGGUGGAAUCGGAGGAUAGGGACGAGGUGGAAGAGGUUCCGAAGAAGAAGAAAUAUGUGUGUAACGGUUCGGUCGGUUCUUCCGGGAAUUCUAGGACUUCCAGCGAACAGUCGUUCGAGUCGACGCCAGAGCUGUUCCGGUUCCUGCGAAAUUUGCAUAAUGACCGGAAGCGGCACGACGCAGCAAAUAUGACUAAAAUAGAAAAUAUGCACAAAGAGAAGAUGGCAGUUUUCAGAUCGUUUUUAGAUAUUUUCAAAAACUUUGUGGAGAAACAAAGUAAAUAAUGUUUAAUGUUG